GUGAUGGUAGCGCUAAUUGUGAUGCUGAGCCACAGCCACCACUGUCAGCUGUGAAUCACUGCUGUCAACUAAUACGCUUUAUGUUGAACUGGCAAACAUUUCUAAGAUUUAUCCUUCCUUCAACUUCAACCAUUUCCCUUCUCCUUCUCCUUCCUUCAUAUUGAUUAAAUGGCGCUGGCUCCGCGCGAGAUCGGAACACUAAUUGUUGUUGUCUUGAAAGCGAAAAAUCUGCCCAAUAAGAGGCAUAUAGGAAAGCAAGCACCAUACUGUUGUGCGUUCUUGAACGAAGAGAAACGUCGUACAAAGGCGAUCAAGCGGGGCGGUCAACACCCAGAGUGGGACGAAGAAUUCCGCUUUACUGUAUACGAGGCCACGGACGAUGAACUAAACUCGCAAUCGUCGGACACUCCCCCACCCCCUCCACCGAAGAAGGGUCGACCGAAGAAAAUAAAGGGCGGGAAUUCGAUGAGACUUCAGUGCUAUGCGGAUGAUCCUCGUGAACCAGACUUGAUCGGAGAGGCAGUGGUCGACUUGACAGAGGUUCUCACAAAGGGAGAGACGGACGAGUGGUUCACACUCAUGUACAAGGACAAAUAUGCAGGGGAGGUGUACAUUGAACUAACUUUCUGGUCAAACGAACCUCCUCCAGGUAAAAGAAAUGCGCCGAAAGCAGCUGCUGGGAAUAUCAAUUACGGUGGUCCAGGAAAUUUCGUGCCAGCUAAUGGCAGUACCCCUUCUUUGAACGGAUCCAGCGCACAUUCGACUCCUUCCCGACUUUCUGUCUCUAGUAGCACCCUCGACAGCCAUCUGCCAUCUACUAUUCGUUCAUCACACUCGAGAGCAGAGCUCUAUGCGCCCGCAUAUGAGCAAUGGAGCCGCGUAUCGCCAUCGCCUGCUGAUCAACUUGCCAAUGACUUUGGUGAAUUAGGUGUCAUGGAUCCUAGAAGACGGGAGAGCUUUCCGCCCGCGCAAACGAUACGUCCCUCAACGUCUGCGGGCUUUAGUUCCUUGCCUUUGCAACCGCACGCACAUGAUCAGCAUACACUUGAUAACGGAACGUUGGCGACCUCACACGAUGGGGUGCGAGCUGCCACUACCUUACCAUCCAGGAUACCUUCGGGUCCUGUUCCAUACUAUCCUCCUUAUGAAAAUGGUUCGACUACCAAUCAUCCACCCCCUCCCCCAUCCCGACAAGGACACGCUGGGCCGCGAUAUAGUUUGCCGGCUUCCUCCUCGGGAUUCAAGCCGAUACCAUCACCAUCCACGUCUUCUUUUGGAACGAUGACAACGUACCCAUCAGAGCAAUCCGGUUUCUUAGCGCAGGAAAGACCUCCAUUACCGAUCCCUCCAUCUUACCCUCCAGCUCCCGUCAACUACUCGCCUCCUCACCAGAUCGGCCAUCCUUCCCUUCCCCCUCUUCCACCCCCUCAUGUCACAACGGUACCUCCCCCCAAUGCGUCUCAUCAAAUUUCACACUCAUAUAGCACGCCGCAGCUACACAGUCAUGACAAAUACCAAUAUUCAGAUCCCCAUGGACCAACUGUUGCAUUCCCAUCACAAGAGUAUAUACCAUCAACAUCAGGCCCUCAGACAUACCACACAUACGCUCCCACAACGCCAUCACCACCUCACGAUUAUGCUUCUACUUCCCAGCAUAUCCCAGUAUCACGAGGUUCAAGACCACUGCCUCAACCUCAGAUGGCUAACAAUGCACCACGAACUCGCCAUCUUUCCGUAGCUGUACCUCCGUCAUCAAGCUUCCCUCAAUCACUGAAUGCGCGUAGUCCAAUCCCCUCUAAUUUUCCCAACGGUUCAGCCUACCAAAACACCCCUCCACCCCCACCCCUUCCAACGCAGUAUCAUUCCACCGCCCAGCCCCAUUCUGGGCAUCCAUCGCCUCAAGGGGAUCCGCAGAAUCCAGGCGCAGCAUCCUAUGCUCUUUUUCCGACUUCGCCGGCUCAGCCGCACUCAAAUGUGUCCCCAGUACGACCUAGCCUGCCGCAGCCUCCCAUGGGAUAUCAUCCUGUGCAGCCUGCAUAUCAGCCCCUCCCUCAGCCGCCCCCGCCCCAACCCGAUCUGUCACGUCACGGACAGCUUCAUCCCCCCCCUUCAUUACUGGUAAAUGCCCCACCCGCCAAUCAUUCUUAUUUCCCUGGCCCGCCCCCUCGGCCUCCGCAGAUGAUUGAUCAUUCUCAUUGGGGUCAGCAAGGAAACUAUGGACAGCCAGCGCCCACACAAGGAGACUGGCAAUAAGUCGAAUGUGCGUAGUAAUAAUGCUCCAUCGCAGUAGCAAUGUAGACAUAUUUCGGACUGUUCAUCCUUCCGUUUUCUGUUCAACCAUGGUUGAUCCACGGUUGACCCA